ACCAUUCGCUUUCUUCUAUCCCUAAUUUCUCACUUGGCUAUCUAUUUCCUCGUCUGCAACCAUGCAGAUCUUCGUGAAAACCCUAACGGGGAAGACGAUAACCCUAGAGGUUGAGUCUUCGGACACUAUCGACAAUGUCAAGGCCAAGAUCCAGGACAAGGAGGGCAUCCCUCCCGAUCAGCAGCGGCUGAUCUUCGCCGGGAAGCAGCUGGAGGACGGCCGCACUCUCGCUGAUUACAACAUCCAGAAGGAGUCCACUCUUCAUCUGGUGCUUCGUCUCCGAGGCGGCGCCAAGAAGAGAAAGAAGAAGACUUACACAAAGCCCAAGAAGAUCAAGCACAAGAAGAAGAAGGUGAAGCUCGCAGUUCUCCAGUUUUACAAGGUUGAAGACUCCGGGAAGGUGCAGAGACUGAGGAAGGAGUGCCCAAAUGCUGAGUGCGGAGCUGGGACUUUCAUGGCCAACCAUUUUGAUAGGCACUACUGUGGCAAGUGUGGCUUGACUUAUGUUUACAAUAAAGCUGGUGGCGAUUAGUUUUUUUUAUGAUGUGCUUUUGUUUCGUUAUAAUGGACUUGGCAUUUAAAUUUUGGUACUUUUUGCUUAAUUUUCAAUAGCUGAAUAUUGAUUUUUAUGAUUUGGUUGGAUAUUAGUAGAUGGAGUUUGCUGGUUUAGUUGCUUAAUAUAUUUAUUUGGUUAUCUAAA